GUUGUAAUGGUCGAACCGGGUGACACAGUGUGCGUGCGGCACCAGAAUCGAGCAUCGCAGCGGGGUGUUCUGGGCGGUUCGUCACCGGUUGACCAUGAUGUGCUGGUUGAGGAAAACGAUUGCAGUUCUAUGUCUUUGAGCAGCCUGAUGACGCCGUCGUCAGCUGUUAGCAUGUCCUUGAGCAUGGAGAUGCCCCGGAAGCGCAAGGGCAGCAUGGACAACCAGGAUAGAAAACCUGCUUCCACCCCUGAUGCAGACAUGGAAGACGACCAAAACGGGUCAGAUGGAGAUGACCAACAUGCUAAAAUGAAAUGCUUCAGGGAACCACACAGCCAAAUUGAGAAGAGGAGACGGGACAAAAUGAACAAUCUCAUUGACAAACUAUCGGCCAUGAUCCCCACUUGUAACCCAAUGUCCCGGAAGCUGGACAAACUCACUGUGCUCAGAAUGGCUGUGCAGCACCUCAAAUCUCUCAAAGGUUCAGGAAGUUCUUUUUCUGAAACCAACUACAAACCAUCAUUCCUUCCAGACGAGGAACUCAAACACCUCGUCCUCAAGGCUGCAGAUGGGUUCCUGUUUGUAGUGGGCUGUGAUCGUGGGAAAAUAGUUUUUGUCUCAGAGUCCGUCACGAAGAUAUUAAAUUAUAGUCGGGCGGAGCUGAUUGGACAGAGCCUGUUUGAUUACAUACACCAAAAGGACAUGGGAAAAGUGAAGGAGCAGCUGUCAGCUUCUGAAUUAUAUCCUCGUGAACGGCUAAUAGAUGCUAAAACCGGUCUGCAGGUCCAGGCUGACCUGCCAGUUGGUGCAUCGCGGCUGUGUACGGGUGCACGGCGCUCAUUCUUCUGCCGCAUGAAGUACAAUAAGAUUUCUGUCAAAGUGGAGGAGAAGGAAUUCCAAGCAGGCACUUCCAAAAAGAAAGAGUCGCAGAAGUACUGCACAGUUCACUGUACAGGUUACAUGCGCAGCUGGCCCACCAGUCAGUUGGGAGCAGACGGGGAGGGCGAGGCAGACAAGCAGGACAGCUCCCACUUCAGCUGCCUGGUCGCAGUGGGACGUGUGCACUCCCACUCACCGCCCCAGGUCAACGGAGAAAUCCGAGUUAAACCCACUGAGUUCGUCACACGCUACGCCAUGGAUGGCAAAUUCACCUUUGUUGAUCAAAGAGCUACAACCAUUCUCGGUUAUCUUCCCCAAGAAUUGCUUGGGACAUCGUGCUAUGAGUACUUCCAUCAAGACGACUUACCGCAGUUAGCUGACAGACAUCGAAAAGUGCUGCGGAGUAAAGAGAAAAUAGAGACAAACUGCUACAAGUUCAAAACAAAACACGGCUCUUUUGUCACUCUGCGAAGUCAGUGGUUUAGUUUUGUAAAUCCCUGGACCAAAGAAGUAGAAUACAUAGUGUCAACCAACACAGUUAUAUCGCAUGAUAACAGUCGAACCAGUCGGUCAGGAAACAAAUCUGAACGUUCCAGCAAUUCCAAGACAUCUGAAGAAGAUGGCAAGAAGUCCUUUCCGGUUAUACCAGGCAUCUCCACCACACCUGGGUCGAUGAUUUAUGCUGGAAGCAUAGGGACCCAGAUUGCCAAUGAGCUGCUGGAUUUCAACAGGAUGAACUCGUCACCUUCCAGUGGCAGCGUGAGCCCGUUCAGUCUGCCACCUGAUAAGAGUCAACAACCUCACAAUCAAAUCAGCAACAGUGUGCCAAACGGAGAGGCAGCGGACGUGGAGAUGCCAGGAAAGUCCAGCUCAGAGGAUGAGCCACAGGGAGCUGCAUUUUCAGGAGGAGAAUCACUUAUGGGGGAGAAUUCCCAGCUGGAUUUGGACAGCAUGGUUGGUCCGGGCCUUAGUAGUCUUAGCAAUGAUGAAGCAGCCAUGGCAGUGAUCAUGAGCCUCCUGGAGACUGAUGCAAACCUGGAUGAAGCUGUGGACUUUGAAGAGAUGCACUGGUCUUUAUAGAAUCUGCUCGUGCAGUGUGACGUUGUAGCACACUGAAAAAUCACUUGGACCAUCACCUGUCGUUUUGUUUUAUUGAUGAGAGAACUGCUCGAAUGCUUAUUCAAAGACGCAGCAUUCCUCUUUUUUUCUAAAGGACUUUUUUUUUUAAUUUAUUAGUAACCCUUUUCCGCAUAAGCUGUGUAGUGUUCGUGUGGCUGCUCUAACAUGGAGCGGGAUUGACACCUGCUUCCCCUUUUCAAAAGGAGGAUGUGCCUCUAAAGCCUUACAGCGGUCUGCCUGCCCUGAAACGCUGUUCUUCACUGCUUUCCUCACACCUUCGGUCAUCCUCUGUUUAACUGAAGAGGCCUCACGAGGUUCAAGAACCCAUGAACAAAUGACAGUGACGUGAUGGGAUUCCUGCUUAUAUUUCUCCCCUGUACCUACAAUGGGAGUCACGAUGCAAAAAAACCCCCAACAAAAAAAACAAAACAAUUUGCACUGAAUCAUUGUCAUAUUUUUUAAAAGGUUGUACUUUGAUUAGGUACUGUAUGUUUAAUUAAAACGCGAGGAAGACACCAUGA